UGCAGUCGCUUCGGUAAUCGAGCGUCGAGCUUCCCGAUCGUCGCCUCCUCCAGCCACCAUGCGCGCGGAUCGGGCACGGAGCAGCAAGGGGAGGACCACCGCACAGCCCGCAGCUUGUUAGCGUGCGUGUGCGUGUGUGUGCGUGUGCGUGCGGGACAGGAAAGGCAGGCUUGUGUUGUCGACAUGGAUGUGGCGUCUUCCACCCGCACAGCGCAGAGAGUCAUGCGCUGAUCAUCUGGAUGAAAGUCAAAAGUGGGGUUGGGUGGCCAUGGACCCAUUCAGCCAGCUUAUCCUCACCAUCGGAGUGACCAGUUUCUUCACCUUCCAGUGGCUCUUCCACAAAGUCAGCCCCUGGGUGUCCACACAAAUCAGCCCUGGCUUCCUCGGCCUCAGUGACAAGCAGAAGGUGGAAUGGAACUCAAGGACAGUUUCAACGUUCCACGCACUGUUGGUGGGAAUCUUCUGUCUCUCCAUCUUGUACUUCGAUGAUGCCGUCAAUGAAGACCCAGUCUGGGGAGAUCCUGCACUGGUGAAGAUUAAUGUUGCCAUCACAACAGGCUACCUCAUAUCUGAUCUGCUGCUAAUAUUUUACUAUUGGAAGGCGAUAGGGGACAAGUUUUUUGUAGUUCACCAUCUGGCAGCGUUGUAUGCUUACUACUAUGUACUGGGCGUUGGAAUGUUGCCUUAUUUUGCUAACUUCCGUCUGCUCGCUGAGUUUUCUACACCAUGUGUGAACCAGCGCUGGUUCUUCGAGGUACUAGGUUACCCCAAGUCCUCGCGGCCCAACUUGGCAAAUGGCGUUGCCAUGGCAGCUGUGUUUUUCGUGGUACGCAUCGCCGUCAUACCCGUCUACUACAGUCGCAUGUAUGCAGUCUAUGGCACGGAGGCCUUCUACCUUGUGCCGUUGGGGGGCCGCGUAGCGUGGAUCUGCUCCAGCAUCUGCUUGGAUGUCAUGAACAUUAUGUGGAUGCAUAAGAUCGCCCGUGGCUGCUACAAGGUGUUGCGCACGGCUCACCGGAGCAAAGCCAGCACGCCUCAGGAGAACGGGAAGACAGAUUAAGGGAACCAGGAAGUCCAUGGCCACAAUUUGGACAAAAAUGACGUCACUCUCAUUGCACUGGUUAGCUACAGGUGGGACCCUCCCAUGUCGAGCUGCUUCAGCAGGAGCACACCUUGGAUUUGUGACAUAAAAAUGCUGAAUAUAAUGAGGGAAACUGAGAUUCCUUUUGGAAAGUGGGUACAGUCACUGAGACGUACCGAUGGACCAAUUAACUGGCCGUCCGUAAGCCGUGAAAUUACGUCUUGGCAAUACUCUGCGGCAUGGCCACUUCUUUUUUCUCUUGAACAAUUUUACGACUACACAAAAGGGGUUGUGCGGGGACAGUGGACUGUUAGCCCGAACCAGAAAUUGUCAAAAAGUUUACUGUUCUUUACAUAUUUGUUAGUCAACGAAUGAAUUCAAACGUUGAGUUUGUGUCGACAAAGAGGCCAACACUUGAGGGAACCGUGUAAUAAAGGUAUUGGUGCCAUGAAACCAUUGGGAGAUGCCUCCUGGGGGAGAAGAGUCUAGCAUCGUUUUUAUUUCCCUCCUUUUAGAUGCAGGUACUUGGUUGAGAUGCACAAAGGGUAAUAACUGAGAAGAAUACCCCCUGGUAUCACCUGGUCACUCAUUCGUUUUCAUUCACUUAAGAGUUUCAUUUUAAAAAUUGGCCUUUAAGAAAUGUAUGGCGACAUUGUGAGUGUCGGUGGCAUUUGAAUGGUUCAUUUAUAUUAUGUAGGGGUUGAUGGGCGUCAGUGCCACGUGUGUUGUCUGUGUCUUUAAUCCUGCUGGAGCAGAAGUGGAACAGGACACUGGUGUGUUCAGGGUACAUCAGUGCUAAAAGGGAAACUGAAUGUCAAUACUGUGGGUUUUUUUUACUCUUCAUUUUGCAAUGCAAGGACCGUAACCGUAAUGAAAUAGAGGCCACAGUUAACAUCCGAUUUGUAAAUACACAUGAUUCAAUGUGUUUACGAAGUGACGUGUCACAUUCACACUGCGUUUUUAUUUAUUUCACGUUGUGAUGUUUGUGAAGGGGUGAAACUGACUUGGAAUCUGUGUCAUAGACAAACCUAAUGUUCCAUGAAGAGUUAGGAGCUGUGUCUCAAUUCAGGGGCUGUACCGCUCGGAGGCUGCAUUGGAAGAGCGAUUGGGUCAAGGUGGCACGAUCAGACCGUUUCAUUUCAAAGACUCCUUUAAACGCGGACAAAUUAGUCUUUUCAUCCCCAGGAAAGAAGGCCGCAAUGUAUGGAUCUAUCCCAGAAUUCAUUGCGUUUUACUGUUUUUCAAAGAGGUAAUGGCGCCGGCAAGAAAUGAGACAUCUGAUGCUUCAGUAUCACACUUCCAAGUCAACCAAACAGUUAAUGUUGAGCACGUUAAAAAAUCAAGGAGCAUUCAAACUUUCUCGCUGUGUCCAACUUCUGCUCCGUUGCUAGGUAACAGCAAUAAGGGCGGUAUGAGCUAGUGACACCCAUCAUGGAAAUCCUCUGUAGAUCAGACCGACUCAUUGUGGUUCAGCCUUCACGGUCUACCCAGCCCGCAAAGGCCCGCCUCCUUUACUGUCCGGGUAGACUGAGUCCUCUGUAGGAGGUCGACCCGUGAAUUGGGACACAGCUUUGUUUGGAGGUUUAUAUAAUAUUCACACUUCCUGUCAAUUGUUGUUUUAUAGGCACAAACUGUUAAUUUGACCCCUCGGCAACAAUUACCAACAAGCUGCAUGCUGCUACGUGUUUUACAAAUGAGGAGUAGAUUGUUUCCCAGACAAAAAAAUCUGUGUUACAUACGGUUUAGAUGAAUUAGUUAAUGUCAGAAAAUAUUUUAUAGUCAGAAAGAGCAUUGUAAUAGAACCAGCCUCUGCCUCGUGUUGUAUAUGAUUUACAAGCUGGACACAAGUGUUUUAAGUUUGUCAGUGGGUUCUACUUGUUUUGUUUAGCAUCAUUCUACUGACCCCCGUACAACACUGAACACAUGGAGCAACUCAAAGGUAUUUACGGUUUGUGUAUCCUCUGUUUAAAAAUGAAAAGUUGCAAUUCAUCUGUAAUCCGCGAUACCUACUUGAAUAUUGAAUUGUAAAUGUAUCUUUUUAUGAGCUGUACAUUAAAAGCUGGCAUAUGUGAAAGUGAAACAGGGAUUGCUAAUAUGCCUUGCUUUAUGUUCCGAACUUUUGUUUUGUUGCCUUUUUUGUUGCAAAUUAUUGUUGCACGGUGAAUAUUUUGUUACUCGACUCCUCACGACACUGUGAUUUACUCCCCCCCCCAUCCCCACCCCCUCAUGUACAAUGUGAUUGUUGAGCCUUUUGCAAUUGAGCAGUUUCAAAUGUAACAAACCAAGAGGCUUCUCGAGGCUGGUUGUUUUUGCUUUGGUUGAGGAUUUUAAAAUUGAAAACAAAUACAAAAAAAAACCUAUGUUUAUGUGCCAGUGCUUGUUUCUUUACAAUUCCAUGGUUAAAAAAAAAUAUUUUUGUGCUGUCGUAGGAUGAUGCUGCUUUUCUUUCCCCAUGCAGCAGUGCCAACUCGCAACCACAAGUUCAGUGGUUACAAUUAGUUCUGUUCAGCUGUAGUUCUGUUCUGUUUGCCAUGGUAAAACUUUUCAGUUGGCGCCAUUAAACCAGUGUGCUUGGAUUAGGACGGAUUGUAUGUAUGAAAGGCGUAUGUCCUCCACAUCACAAGAGAAUAUCGCUUAUCUCCCUAGUUAAAGAGCAGCCAGGAUGUGGCGUCUUAUAACGUCAGUGUGAUUCAAUAGAAAAUCUUGCAAAGGGAUUCAGGACGGCAGCAGACGGCCACAAGUGGGCGUCUCUGAGCAGGGUCAUGUAUGGUCAACAUUGUCUAUUACUGCAUGUGGUAUCGCAUGUGUAUGCACUGUAAAACAAGCAUAUACACGUGCAACAGUAAUUUUGUUAUUUUUUUCUUAGUACAUGUACAUAAUGUUUACUUAAGCUUUAUUCUUGUACUGUGUCACCCAAUGUAAAUCCGCAACUGACGAGGAGGAUGGUUUGGGGGAGAAUAUUUAAAAACUUUAGUCCAAUAUCCAGCACAGAAGUAAAUCGCAAAGGGAAACUUGAAUACUAGUCAGCACAGUUUAUAAGAACCUGGGCAGUGCAAAUACACAUGAAUACUAGGAUCACCUUGCAACAUUGUCUUUAAUUUAUUAAUCCAAGAGAAUAAAACAAGGCAGACAUUACGGUACCACAGCGUGGCGCUGUCGUCUGCUCUGAAUGUACAGGAGAGAUGUAGGUGGAAGGUUUGGUGACGAUCCAUGAAUGUGUUUGGAGAUGAGAAAAUAUUUGUCACUUACAGUUUUUUCACUUGUCCAUCACAAUAAAUACCAAAUUAACCCUCGGCCAUGAAAAUAAUGUUUUUUUUUAUCACUGAAUCAAUAAACCAUAAAUGUAUGGAUUUCAAUCUACUGCCAAGAACAUGAAUGUCAUUAUUACUGAGUACAACUGAGCAUAUAUGAUAAGUUAUUAUUGCCUUUGUUUUGCUCAUGUGACAACAUUUGCUUUCAGGAAAAGCAACAUACAGAAACUGCCAGUAAAAACAAAGUGAACUUUG